AUGGAUAUUAUACAACCAUUGAUUGAUGAGAUAACCAUUAGGAAUGUUGCAGGAGACACCAUAAGCCAACCUGUCCAAUACGAAUGGCGACCAAAAUUCUGUGAGACAUGUCAAAAGUUGGGACACAACUGUGAGGACAGAGCCAAGAAUCAAAAAUGGAAACCAAAGCCAAUGGAACCAACCACCUUGCCUCAAAAAUGGAUGCCAAAACCAAAGCCAAUGGAAACAACCACAAACAUCACACCUGCUAAACAACCAGUAGGAGGAAACACAAAUGAUGCAGAUGGAGAAUCUUGGACAAGGGUGAGGAAACCAACACGAGAUAAGAGCAAAAACAUAGUGACUGAAACAUCAAACAUAAAUUGUGCCAAUGGUUUUAAAACACUUGAGGUUUUGAAUGACCACGAAGUGAUCACAAACCUUGAACCAUGCUAG